AUUAAGCAUGCAAUAUGAUAUACAAUGUUGAACGAUCAAUAUUUCAACAAUAAGUCUAAUAGCUGAAUAUCGAUAUUUUAAUUACGUUUUUUUCUACCAUUAUGAUCAUACUUACCUAAAGAAAAACUUAAAUAUCAUUUCUUCCGGGUCGAAUUGAAGCUUUUCUUUCAUAUUAAAAUGUGAAGAAGAAGUUUGCUCUGUGUACUGUUUGACAAAAAUAUUUACAUUUAUUAUAAAUGGAAAUGGUGAAGUUUAUAGACGAUCUAUGAAUUAGGAUAAUCGAAGGAUUUGUAGAUAAAUAGACAGACGUAGAGAAUAAUGGAUAGCUCUCAGGUUUCCAACUUCGAGUCUUUGCUUGCAAGGGAUACGCUCGGCCCUGUCAGACUGAACAUUAAAAAUGAAUGGAAGGUCAAGCACGAGAGUUUGGUGGAGCCGUCAAGCUCUCACAGCAGUGUCACGGAGCUGGGCCAUGCUGAAGAUAAAGGACUUCGCUCAUCAUUCAGGGUAAUUCCGGAACAGCCAUAUGUUCACAUGGACGAAGAAGAAACGGACAAUGAAGCCACAAAUAAAGUGAAAGUGAAAAAAGUUCCAGUAUAUACCAUAUCCAGUGACAGGGCAUCUCUUACACCAGAUUCGGUAGUUUAUGGAGGAACGCGGUCACUCUUAACAAAUUUUAAUGGAGGACUGCGAAAUAUAAAUGCUUCUGGUGUCCAAGAGAAUUACGAUUCAAGAAAACUUGGAAAGUCAAUGAGAGCAGUUUUACGACAAGAUGAAAGUGAAAAAGACAAAUAUCCAAAAAUUACCGAGUUGGAACCAGAACCGUUUAACAGAAAAAUGGAUAUCAAAGAAAAAAAGGUAAUGGUUGCACCUAAAGUUGUGGCAUUUUGUCUGGUUGUAAUGAUAUUCGUAGCCGGAUUAGUUCUACUGAUAUACUUCAAGAAGGAAGACAAACCAGAAGGGCAAAGAGGCAAAAUACUCCCAGAUGAACCGGCAGAUAAAGAAGACGAGAAGGAGAAAUCUUUUUGUCCAGAGGUUGAAGUGAACCUGAGAGGCGUCAUACACUUCAACUGUAGUUUAAGAGAUGUAAAACUUGCUAAUGUUCAUCAUAUCUUUGUUACUCCUCCACCGUACUUCAAUAAAGGGACACCAUUCGUUAUAGGAGUUCAUCCAAAGGAAAAAAAGUUGAAGUGGAGUGCUUACUUGGACAACUAUGAUAUACUCCAAGUUAGCGGACCGGAGGCCACGUGUAGUUCUGGCGGAACAUUUCAACUAAAUUUCAGAAACAAUAGAAAUAAAACAGAAGUUAAUACAAAUGUGCGCAUUUCUGUAAAAAGUGAAGUAUUACGGGUAAAUGUAUCGCUGACACAGGAUACAGUCAGUAACGAGACAGAUUUUACAAUUGGUUGUUCAACAAACUCAGGCUGUGAGCAGUCGUUUGUUGAAUUCUUUGCAGAAAUGAACAAAGAGGAACAGCAUCUCAGGAACGUAAACUUUUCCUGCACAAUCACUUACAACGAUUAUGAUGGAUACAGCAUUUCUUGCGUUGGAAACAUACCUGAUUAUUUGAUGUCAGAGUUCGAGAGAAUCACAUGUCGGCCAAGAUCGUCACUUCUAGACGACCUAGACAAAGAUGAUUUGGAAGAUCUGGAAGUAGAAAUUGAGCUUCCAGAGUGCGAUCUAACUAAACAUUGUGGGUAUCAGUGUAAAGAUGAACGUGACUACUAUGUUGUAAGUCAAGAAAGGUGUGAUAUUUUUCAUCGUUGCUACAAAAGAAGAGUAUUUACAUCGUACUGUGCACCAGGAACAUUCUUCGAUCCGCACGAAAGUUUCUGCGCUUGUCGCCAUACAUCAGAUCUUCCUUGGUGUCAGACAAAUGGCGCUUUAAAGCCGGGAUCAGAUGUAACUGAGAGGCUGUGUAUUGAAAAUUAAGGUAGUUCUGCACGUUUGAUAAACCGGAGUGAUGGCGUAACGUCAUUUAUCCGGAAAACGUAAAAUAAAGCCCGGAUUCGGCGUACGGAAAUGAAAAUCAUUUUAUGAAUUAAUGGCAACCCAUGAGUAAAGUUUUCACAAUGGCACUGUUACUAUCUUUCUUAAGUUAAAAUAUGAUAUUUAAACAUCUGACACGUUAAAUAAUGCAAAAUAAUGUCAUAAAAUUACCUUGAAAUGUGCGGUCACUUUAAUCAUGGUCAAAUAUCUCAAAAGUAAGCACACGGACCUAUACAUUUUAUUUCACCACAUUAAAGACCAUAUAUUUAUUAACGACCGUGAGAGGUUUCAUUAAAAUCUACAUUGUAAAAAAAAUUUCUAUGAGCGAAAAUGUUAUAAAAAUUGUGAUUUUUCCCAUAGACUCCCAUUAUGAAAAAUUGCGUGAGGUCCAAAUUUUUCAAAUCAGUCAAGCAAAAAUCAAGCACACGACCCUAUCUUUUUUAAUAGCUGAGUUUUCUAAGUAUAUUCUGAAGUUUUGAAAAAUCAGGGUUUAAUCAAAUUCUACAUUGUAGAUAAAAUUUCGAUCCAAACGUGCAGAACUACCUUAAAGAGAGAAGGACAUUUUUACUGGAGUCCAAAACAUACCCAACCUUAUAAUGGAAGUGUUUGUUUAUGACAGGAAUUGUAGAUUCGUUCUAAAUAUUUAACCAGUCGGGAAUAAACAUUAGAAGUCAGUCAAAUCUGUUGUUAGUUUGAUGCAUCCCAGGAAUUUUCUUACAUAUUUAUAUCUAUAUGAUUUAUGUUAUUCUAAAGUAGCAUGCGUUCGGAUGUAUGCAUGUUUAUAUCAGAGAGCAACAUGUCAUUAAUAUUUAUUAAGUUGCUAAUUAUAUAUAUGGACAAGAUAUAAAGUACGGCACAACAGCUCAUGCAAAGAUACAUUUCUUACAUAGUUCACUGACUACACAAGUGUUUUCACUUAAUAAAGUACACAUGUAUUGAAAUACUCUGUUAGUAAAUAAUGUAAAUUUCGAACAUAAGUCUAAAGGGGUGUCCUUUUAAACAUGUAGAUAAUGGUACGUGACCCAUGAGGACCGAGUAUAGCAGAUGAAAUUAAAAAAUUCUCUGAAAAGGACACAUUAACCGUAUUCAAUAUUCACAGAAUUAGCGUUGAGUCAAGAUGGUAUGGCAUAAAAUGUUAAUUUAUUAUGCAUUUCAUCAGAUGUAUGUACUUACUGAACAGUUUUGUUUUCAUAUACUGUGUAAAAUGUUGUCUCAGUCGACUGAUAAAUUUUAUUUGACCAUUUUAUAGACUAAUACUGUAGAUUUACAACUGUGAAAGUUUCAUUAAAAUGUACAUUAAAGGAAAUAAAUGUCAUCAAAUUUAGCUUUCCCCCAAAAUACUUCCAAUAUAAAAACUUGCCAGAUAUUAACAUAUUUUACAAAUCAGACUAGAGAAAAUAAUCGCACACGAUAUUUUUGUUUGCCUUAUUUGCUAAGUUCGGCUAAAGUUUUGAAAAAUAGGGUUUAAUAAGCUAAUUCUACAUAAGUGUUUUAUGCGAACUUUAAAUGAGCAUUUUAUACAUAAAUAAAAGGGAAGUAACCUUUGCUCUCAUGUUAUCUAUUGAUAAACUGUUGAAAACACGGAGACAGAUUCCACUAGAUUUUUUCUUCCAUACUUAGAUAUAUUGAUGAAACUCUUCACUUAGUAUGGGUUUUCUAUGUUUGUGUAUUAUCAAAGACAAAAAAGUACAACAUCUAUACCAUAUUUUCUGUAUUUUGCUGACUUGCCAGGACUUUCCCGUGUUUUCCGGUGUUAGAAAAACUCGUGUUUCGCACCGGAGUGUAAAAUGACUCACGCGCUGCAAUUUAUGAAUGAAUGAAUGAAUAACACAGUGCUCAAUAAAGUACCAAGUAAAUUCUGUAUUUAUAAGUGGUAACUCAUUUAGCUGACAGUAAUCUUCCAUGAGGCCCUCUAAUACCACAAAUAUAUACAAAUAUAGUUAAAACGAAAAACUACAACAAAUAUCACCGUAAGUACGACAUGAAAUAAAAACAUAAACGAACAUCAAAAAUACAAAUAAUCUUAAUUUUGAAAUCACUUUAACAUGUUUAUUUUAUGACAUAGUCAUCCAGUUGCUACACUUUGAUUUUAAACACUGUAGUGAGCUAGACGAUUUUACAUCGAUAGGUAAAAUAUUCUUAACAAUUGGACCUGAAUAAAGUAAACUAUUUUUGAAAAGUUCUGAUUGUGUUUUAGGUAUAUAAAAAUGUUUGUUCGUGUUUGACCGUAAUGUCAAAGACAUAUCAUUUGUCCUUUCCUUUUGUUUGUACAUUUCACAUAGGUAGUUUGGUAAUAAACUAUUUGCGAUUUUGAACAUAAAACAUGCUUUCUGGUAAAAGAGACGCUGAGUAAUUUGAUCAUAAUAUGAUCCUGCAUGCACGUGUUUGCAAUCUUAUAAUUUUCUGUAUAGUUUUAAUGACUGUGCUUCCGUAUAUAAUUGAGCAAUAAUCUAUAUGCGGUUGAAUGCUUUAUAAAAUAAGAUUCUAUAUUCUGUAUUUAGAAAUUCCUUUAUCCUAGACUUUAAUUACAUUCCCUACCGUAAGUGGCAAGUUAUUAAUAAAUAAAAGAAAUGAUAGAGGCCCUAAACUUGAUCCUUGUAGCACGCCGCGUGUAACCUUGUUACAACAACUUGAUAAGGAGUUGCUGAAUUGUAUUAACUGAUGACGGUCCGAUAAAUAUGAUAUAAACCAAUUGAUACAUGACUUUUGUAGAGUUCCACUUUUAUAAAAGAACAUUCUAACACGAUCCGCAGCAGUUGCCAUAUAAACAUACAGCAAAAUCGCUAUACAUGAGUCUACGAUAAAAUAUUGCUGUUCCAUUCCGCCCUAUGCGAUACAUGACAGUGAGAUUCUACUCUGCUUUCGUUAUAUGCAGACUAAAUACUCUUCUUUUUCAGUGCUAAGUAGUAGUAAUAAAAAGUGCAUCAAAUUUUCUGAAACAAACAAUUUCUUAAUAUAACGAUGAAUUUAUUUUAAGAAAUAAUAAGUUCCCAAUCGGGGCUUAUCGUAGAAAAACCCGUGUUUUGAGUUCUUAUGCGUAAGAAUAUUUCACGAAGGCCGUAGGCCUGAGUGAUAUAUUGUUUCGCAUAAGAACGAAAAACUCGGGUUAUGUUAGAAUGGUAGAAUGGUAACUUCUUUUUACGGCCGUGCUACGCACCUGGAUCGGAUGACGUCACUGCACGCGCAUGGGUUAUCGCAAAUAACCGUUGGUCGAUGUUCUUCUAUGUGUAUAUAGGUUAUUUGCUGGUCGUGUUAGAAUUGUUUAUAUUUUUGGGUUACCGUAAGAAAAUGUUUCGGUAUGUUUCAACUUCAACAUCGGUGCAUCUAGAUCUAUAUCUGAUCGUGUUUAGUUUAGUUUAAUCAUAUUUUAUUGCUCUCUGUUUCAAAGAUACACACAAUAUUACAAACAUUUUUUAACACACAACAAAAACAAAAGGGCUGGGCUACGAGUUAUUUCUGCAUCAGCAUACAGUCCUUCCCAUUGAAAGAAUGUUAUAUUUAUUUAAACAGACUAAAUGUGUAAAUAUCUGGUCGUGUGCGUAGUUUACAAUUUCUUUGUUGUAGGCAUCACAAAUGUCAACUAGAUUCUACUUUGACAGUAAAUAAUUUUUAAUUCAUGUUCCAAUCUUCCAGACUCAAGUGUUUACGUGUUUAUAUGCCGCCAUGUUCUGGCGUGUAUGUUUCAGUGCCAUCAUGUAUGACGUGUACUAUUUUUAGAAACUGCAUUAAUGAAUUUUGAAUGAUUUCUAUAUCCGACCUUAAAUGUUAUUGAAAAUAACAUUUUCACAGCAGUAACUAUACUAUAAUUAAAAAUUACUGAAUAUCGGAGUGCUUUAAAAUGCGAAGAAUUUGCGUGGUUUAGUAGGGGCCGUAAUGAUAGACUUCCGAAAAGCCUUUGAUCUAAUGGAUCAUAAUUAAGAAUUAAUAAAUAUGUUCCAAUAAUAUUAUCAGUUAAUAAAAUAUGGGCAGUCGUUCGGAUGCGAAUAUUAAAUCAUUCGUGCUAAACACUUGUGAUUUAUUUAUUACACAUCCGAACUCCUGCCCAUAUUUUAUUAACUGAUAAAAUAUAGGGACAUAUUUAUUAAUUCUUAAUUAUGAUCCACUAGAUCAAAUGUUUUUCGUAAGUCUAUCACUACGGCCCAUACUAAAUAGCCAUCGUUUAAAGCUUUUAGCCAUGAAUCAAUCAUGACUGUAAUUGCAGUUUCUGUUGAAUGAGAUUUUCGAAAUCCGCGUUGCUUUUCGUGUUAAAAAUUGAAAUUUGAUAAAUGAGACAUAAGAGAAUCGUGUACAUUUUUUAAAUUAGUUUUGAUAGGGUGGGUAAAAUUGAAAUAGGUCUAUUAUUAUUUACAUUAUCUUGAUCUUGACUUUAUGUAAAGGCUUGAUUUUAGCAUUUUCCCUCACACUUGGAAAUGUUGAGUUUAAAUUACUACAAUUAAUGACAGAUGUUAGACUACGCGCUAUAAAUGGAGAUGAAAUUUUCAACAAUGUUGGCCCUUUAUUAUCAAGUCCUGUUGAUUUUGACACAUCAAAAUUUGAUAAAUACUUUUCAACUUGAAAUACAGAUAUUAGCGGAAUUGAAAAGAAAUUUUCUACAGAAACUUUAGAAUCUACAAAGGCUUUGACAUGUGAAAAACCAGACAAAGGCACUGGGUCUUUUAAGUUUUCAGCUGUCAUAGAAAAUUAAUCAUUAAAAUUAUUAGCUUUUUCCUGUUUAUUUGUUAUGAUUUUGUUAUUGACGGUUAUUUUUUCAAUCCCUACUUUAUUCUGACUAUUUUUGCUUGUUCCAAAUUCUUUAAAAAAUUUCCAUAUAGUUUUAGGAUCUUUUCCCCCUUCUUUAAUCCUGUUUUCGUACGAUCGCUCCCUAUGCUGUCUAAUUAAUGUUAAAACUCUAUUUCGCUUCUCUUUAUUUAAGGGCGAUGUUUUGUCAUGUGAAAGUGAAUCGCGGUCCCGUAUCUCUUGUGAAAUUUCUGUGGAGAACCAGUCUGGUUGAUAUUUACGCUUUACUCUCUUAGUUUGAGUUGGCGCAAAUUUAUCAAUGACAUUUAAAUACAAAGUAUUCCAUUUUUCUAGCAUACUAUCAAUAUUGUUGCAGUCGUUUAUUACAUCCUAAUUUAUUUCUAGAAGAUCAUUACAAAAAAAGUUUUCAUUAAAAUGCUUGAAAUAUCGAAAAGUGAGUGUUUCGUGAUUAGCAGAUUUUAAAUUUUCAUAAAUCCUCCGAUUGCAGAACAGUGGGAAAUGAUCGCUGCUUCCGAUAUUAGCUAUCAACUGAUGUUAUAUUUUGCGGAAUGUUUGUAUAUUGUUAUGUAUAUAUAUUGUUUUUAUUUUCCUGGGGCAAAACAUGGUUUGCUGACCUUGUUUUAAGACAUUAUUCUGUAUUUACUAUAACAUUCUCCUUUAAUCUAGAAAAGUCUUUCAGUAAUGUAUAAAUUAUUGAUAAACAGUGUAUGUCAGUUAUUUUUAGAAAAGACUGUCCGGAAAAUUCUUUUAGUUCUUAUUGUUACCUGAAAAUUCUGAAACCUUCCAUGAUACAAUAAAUAGUCAGAUGUUUUAGAUUGAAAUAGAACCUAAGAACCUAAACUGUAGAUAUUGAUGAAACUUUCCUGUAUUUCUUAAAAGAACAUAUUAUUACCAGUUUGGAUAUUUAAUAUUUGGAAGGAUUAUUUGAAAAUUUCUGGAUUUUAUAAGUUAUCUUUGAAGAGAGGAAUUAUAAAUUUUGGAUAUUACUUUUGAACUGUGUGAAAGAUUGUGGGAUUCAUUCUGACUGGAUUUAAAUUUGACCUGGACUGGAUUUGGACUAUUUUAGUUAUUAGAUUUGAUUUUAAAGCUUUUUGUCAUUUUCAAAGGUAUUUGGAUUUUUACUUAAAUUCAUGAAUAAAAUUUUGUUAUUGUUAUA